AUGCAACAAAAAUCAUUAAUAAGUGAAUAUUUUAAUGGAAAGUCAGUUUUUAUUACCGGUGUCACCGGAUUUAUCGGAAAGGUACUAUUGGAAAAGUUAUUACGAUCCUGUCCAGGCAUUGACAAAAUCUAUGUAUUAAUACGUACGAAAAAAGGACUGUCGGUUAGUGAACGGUUAGAUAGGGUUCUGGAGGCCAAGUUGUUUAGCUUUUGUCUGGAUGUCGAUACCAUACGUAAGAAAGUGGUGGCCAUUGAUGGCGAUCUAUCAGUUGAAGGAAUGGGACUUAAGGAGUCAGAUAGACAACUACUUGUCCAGAAAGUGGCCAUCAUUUUUCAUGUGGCCGGCGAUGUCAAGUUCAACGAGACAAUUAGGGAUGCCGUUACACAUAACCUGAUCGGUACAAAAUAUAUGACCCAACUGUGCCGCCAGUGUCUAGCCCUUGAAGCACUGGUACAUGUGUCGACUGCCUAUGCUUUUUGCCAGCACUCGGACUUAGAGGAACGUAUAUAUCCGAUGAAAGUGUCGCCCGAGGAGGUCAUCAAUGCCGUAGAAACUAUGAACGAUAAAGAACUUACCAGAUAUACCGAACCACUACUAGAGGGACGACCCAAUUGCUAUACAUUUGCCAAAGCACUGGCCGAACAUAUCGUUCAUCGUGACCGACCCGACGGUCUGCCAGUAGCCAUAGUCCGGCCAUCGGUAGUCCUGCCUACCUAUCAGGACCCGACCCCCGGUUGGAUCGACAACUUUAACGGUGCUACCGGUAUUGCACUGUUAGGUUCGCUGGGGAUUAUGCGUAUUGCCGACUACGAUGCCGACAAACAUAUCAGUUUUAUACCGGCCGAUAUGACUGCCAAUGCACUGGUAGCCGCUGCUUGGCAUCUGGUAGCUACCCGUCCCCGGGAUGUACAGAUCUAUCAUUUGGCAUCGGAACCGCAUAAUACACCGGCAGUAGUCGAAGUAGUCGAAUCGUUUGUAUUGGCCCAACAGGACAGUCCAUCCAUCAAAGUGGUCCGACCGCAUGCCGGUAUACCCCAGUCCAGACCCUCCCGGUUACGUGUUUGGCUAACAGUGAUGAUAUCGCACCUGAUGUUUGCCUAUCUGGUCGAUGCUAUUAUCUGGCUAUUGGGUCAUAAACCAAUUUUAGUUUCGGUAACCAAUCGUAUGCACAAUGGCUUUGAAAUGUUAUCCUAUUUCUGGAUGAAAGAGUGGACAUUUCGGUCGCAAAAUACCCGAUCGUUAAUAGACUGGUUAGCCCAGAGGUCACCCCAAGAUUUUAAUGACUACCAGUUUGAUGUAUCACUUGUCGACUGGGCAGCAAUGACCCGGGCCUCAUGGUUUGGUGGGCGCCGGUAUCUAUUGAAAGAGGACGACAGUAAUAUACCGAAAGCCAAGCGCCGGCUAACUAAGUAUUAA